UCCUGUUAGAUCAACUAAGAUGUAAAAACUGUGUAAAAUAAAAGAAACUUCAAGCACACCAUUCAAUUGCUAAAUGAAGUCUCCCUCUCUGUGGUGCUUUGGCUGAGCCUGUUGACUCAUCUAAAGCAAUACUGAAAUAUUUAUAAAGGACAUUGGUAAAAUCUGAAGGAUACAUAAGGCUCACCGUUGUCGUAAUAUGUGCAUUUAUUAUAAGGUAAUAGCUAAAUUGUAUCAAGCAGAAAUAUGGCCAGGCUACAAAACAAUGUUUUUUUAAGCUGAUGCCUUCCCAUUCCCAGUUUCGAGAGAUAACGUUCUGCCUAAUACAUUACUUAACUUUCCAGGCACACCGGUCUGCUGUGUGACUGUUUCUUGUCUUUGGGCUAAAAUGAUUGCAAUUCUGCUGGUGUCUAUGUCAGUGAUGUUGUACAGUGCAGGUGGCCAAGGCUUGGAGAAGCCAGCAUUCCUGCCGGAGCUUCUUGACACACCUGAAAGAAUCCUGAACAAUGCCACAUUCUUCAAUGGAGUCUUUCAGAAUGUGGAAAGUGUUGCGUUAUUUUUUGACUGCCUGGGUUCUCACUUCACCUGGUUACAGUCCAUCUUCACAAACUUCCCUGCCCUGCUCAACUUUGUGAACAAAAUGAAGUGUGUUACUGGGCUUUGUCCCAGGGACUUUGAAGACUAUGGUUGCUCUUGCCGGUUUGAGAUGGAAGGACUCCCUGUGGAUGAAGCUGAUGAAUGCUGUUUCCAGCACCGGAAAUGCUAUGAGGAAGCGAUGGAGAUGGAGUGUACAUGGGACCUAUCAAAGAUUUCUACAGAUGUCAGCUGCUCUACUGAAAACCUGACCUGUGAGUCUGGGGAUCCCUGUGAACAGCUCCUCUGCAACUGUGACAAAGAUGCCAUUGAAUGCCUGGGGAAGGCACAUAUUAACUCUUCUUUGAAUGGGCUGGAUAUUUCCUUUUGUCCACCUCUGGUUACAGAAAACACCAGCAAGAGAGAGCUGACAACACUUCACACAGAGGGCUUACUUCGUCUUGGGACUGAUGGAACACAGCCUGCAACUGCAUCCAUGGAAGAAGUGAACUCCUUUGAGCCCAGUGAGAUGGCCCUGGGGACUUCCAGAGCCAGAGGUAAGAGUUUGAUUAUACUGUUGUUGACGAAUCAGGCACUCUUUACUGCAGAGGAAGAUGGAUUUAUGGAAGCUGCAGUGUCAGCGGAAGAGAUAACCACGACCCCAGCCUCGUUCCCAGAAGGUCUUAACUCACUGAAAGUCAAAAUUGUUCCCACAGAGAAGAUUCCUGCAGCCAUAUCUGCAAGGACAAAGGAAGAGGAGACAAGCCCUGCAAGGGGUGGCCAAAGCACAACUUCUUCUGGAAUAGCUCUGGAGCUGGUACUGUCUGACAGGAGAACCAAUGAACCUGCAGGAAAAGUAUGUGAGCGAUUUACCUUUCUGCAAGAGAGAGGAAAUGGAAGAGCAAAGAGGGAGCUGCCCCAGCUAGGAGAAAUGCUGUUCUGUUUAACUGAGCGAUGCCCAGAGGAAUUUGAGUCUUAUGGUUGCUACUGUGGCCAAGAAGGGAGAGGUUAUCCUACUGAUGCACUGGACAGGUGCUGCUUCUCUCAUCACUGUUGUAUAGAACAAGUUAUGAAACUUGGAUGUCAUGCAGAGAGAAGUUCAAGAUCUGAAGUUGUGUGUUUCGAUCAUAAGCCAAACUGUGUUGGCUGGAGCAUGUGUGAGAAACUAUUAUGCACUUGUGAUAAGACAGCUGCCGAGUGCAUGGCUUCUGCCUUCUUCAAUGAAAGCCUUAAGCUUCCACGCAGGCAAGAGUGCCAAGAGGAGAAAAUCUCAUGUCAAAGUGAUCCUUAUGAAAGGCCUUCAACAGGCAUGGGAACAGGCACAGGGAUUUCCAGCUCCGAGGAGAGCAGUGAGGAGAAAGGCCCACUGGGGAGUGUAUUAAGAAGAGCAAAGAGAGAUACACACCAUCGCAUUGGAAACUCCAGAGCUGUGCAACAUGAAGGCAGAUAACCAACUACCACCAUACACUUGAGGAACGUCAUGGAUACUUUCAGAGUCGAUCACUGCAUACCUUGCUCUUUCUUAUCACUCCAGUGCCUGCCUUACACUUUCCAGCACACAAGUGACAUAAUCAUAGACUAAGUAUUAGAUGUUAGGCUGUAUACCUUCUUACCAUAGUGAGGUCAGCACUAUGGAUCACCUAUUUAGGUCAGAUGUUACCGUAAAUGAUUAUUUCACACUAUUCUGUAUAAUUUCAUUAGAUUUCUGUGUAAAACCUGCUCUGAUCAAAGACUGAUCUUGCUAACUGCGUAGUUGGUUCAGACUGGAUCUUGCUUAUGGUGGCUAAAUAUUUCAGGUUCUUAAUUAAACCAAUCUGCAACUA